CGGGAGCCGUGCCUGCUGCGGGUGGCGCGGGCCAUGUUCGUGUGCGCCCAGCAGCCGUGUCCGAACCGGCGCUGCUGCGGCGGUUCGGCGAGCCCGGCGUGUCCCGACCACCAGGCGCUGACGUCGCUCAGCCGCGAGGACCGGCGCCGGAGACGCCGGGCCACGCAGAAGUACCGGCUGGCGCACGCCACCCGGGAGCGCAUCCGCGUCGAGGCCUUCAACGUGGCGUUCGCGCAGCUGCGCCGGCUGCUGCCCACCCUGCCGCCCGACAAGAAGCUGUCCAAGAUCGAGAUCCUGCGCCUGGCCAUCUGCUACAUCUCCUACCUCAACCACGUGCUGGACGUCUGA